AUGCCCAACUCACGAGAUGUCGGCCGCGUCGUCAUGGAUGUGGCGUUCUUCGCCGCGUCUCAGGUCGCGCUGUACUAUGCGCUCCGCUACGUGCUGAGCUCACUAGCGGACAGCCCCGGAGCGAGCAAGAAGCAGAAGGAGAAGGGCGAGAGCCUGCUGAGCCAGACGGGGCUGUCGAAGGAGCAGCUGGCCGCGCUCGAGCUGGACGAGUACGAGGCGACGAUUGCGGGCGAGAUCAUUCCCCCGAAUGCCAUCGACACGACGUUUGAGUCCAUCGGCGGCCUCGAUGAGAUCAUCUCCUCGCUCCGCGAGACUGUCAUCUACCCCCUGACGUACCCCGAGCUCUUUGCCGCCGGCGGCAGCCUGCUCAGCGCCCCGCGCGGAGUGCUUCUGUACGGACACCCCGGAUGCGGAAAGACGAUGCUGGCCAAGGCGCUUGCGAAGGAGAGCGGAGCGACGUUCAUCAACCUUCCCCUCUCGUCGCUGACAAGCAAGUGGUUCGGAGAGAGCAACAAGCUUGUGAACGGUCUCUUCUCCCUUGCGCGCAAGGUGCAGCCGUCAAUCGUGAGUACCUCGAAGUUUGCCACUCGUGGCAUCGGUUACAUGAGCUUUUGUCCUAACAAACCACAGAUCUUCAUUGACGAGAUUGAUUCUCUGUUCCGGGAGCGUUCCGGCGCCGACCACGAGGUGACCGGCAUGCUGAAGGCCGAGUUCAUGACGCUGUGGGACGGACUGACGUCUGGCACCGACCGCAUCCUGGUGCUGGGCGCGACGAAUCGGCCGAACGAUAUUGACCCGGCGAUUCUGCGCCGCAUGCCGAAGCGGUUCGCGAUCCGGCUGCCGAACCUAGAGCAGCGGAAGAAGAUUCUCGGCCUGAUGCUGUCGCACACCAAGCUGGCCGAGGGCUUCAGCAUCGACGAGCUCGCGCGCCGCACCGACGGCCUCUCGGGCAGCGACCUGAAGGAGACGUGCCGCAACGCUGCCAUGGUGCCCGUUCGCGAGUUUAUGCGCGAGAAGGGCAAGAACGGCAAGGACGGUCUCGAGGCCGCGCGCCGCGAGGGAUUCAAGGUCCGUCCUCUCGCGCUGGAGGAUUUCCAGAUCCACAACUCGCACGCGUACGCGUACGUCGACCCGAGCAAACAUGCCCACACUGCCGCGUUUGUCGAGCCCGUCGACUAG